CCUUUUUCCCCCCGAAUCCAUCCCACUGUCGUGGUGUCCCCCACCCCACGCAGGACCGAGCCCUGUGGCCAGCUGGGGUUUGGCCUGUGAGCUGGGUGUAGGUGGCACCAUGGGGGUGCCUGCCCACCCUUCAGGCUCCCCUCCAGCUCCCCAUAACCUGCCUUUCCCACCCGUGUUCCAGAUCAAAUCCCAACAGAGUGAAGUAACCAGAAUCCUCGAUGGGAAAAACAUCAAGUACGAGCUGGUGGAUAUCUCCCAGGACAACGCUCUGCGGGAGGAGAUGAGGGCAAAGGCAGGCAACCCCAAAGCCAUCCCGCCCCAGAUCGUCAACGGAGACCACUACUGUGGGGAUUACGAGCUCUUUGUGGAAGCGGUGGAGCAAAACACCCUGCAGGAGUUCCUGAAGCUGGCCUGAGCCCCGGGCUCCCCUCCCGUCCUGGACUCUACCUGCAUUCCUGAGCACCCUCAUCUCCCACCACCUUCACUUCCAGGUUGUCAGCGCUCUCCUGGCACCGUGACCCGUCUCCCAGCGUAGGGAACAAACCCAUGACCAAAACUACUCAUUGCAGCUGCCUACAAUUCCCUCCUGCCUAACCCUGAUAAUCAUUUCAGAGGGAUCCAAAGAAAGUCUGACGCUCGCUGGGCAUGGCCUUUCAACAGAGCUGGGCCUGGCUCACACCGCAGCUUCCAGUGCCUCUGUAAACAGCAAAGCCUCUGGGGCUGUGCGAAGUGCAGCCGUCCGUCAGCCCUCUCCUCUGCAGGGAGAGCUUCUGCUUUAGGAGGGGAAGGGCUUAGGGUUGCAUGUUACUUCCCACUUCUCCCAGUUGCUGUUAAAAUUGUAAAUCCUGCUGCCUCACUUCCUUUUUUUUCCUUUUUCCUUUUUUUUUUUUUUAUCUCAACCGCAGAGAUUAUGGCAACUAAGUUGAAUUUUUUUUUGUUUGUUUGUUUUAAUUUAAUGCAAAAAUACUGCACAAAGCUGGGGUCUGAAUGCCCACCGCGGAGGAGGCUGGGGGAGAAGGCUGGUGUCACUUGGGGAGGGGGAUGGAUGGGCCUAAAAGUGGGCCCCGGGCUGCUCCUCCGUCUGCCCUCGGCCCCGCUGCGGUGCCAGGGCUCCCUCGUGAGCGGUAAUGGCUCAGGGCUGCUCCAGAACAGCUGAUGCUCCAGCUGUCUUACCUUUCCUCUUUGAGUUGGCUUUUUAUUAUUUUUAUUUUUUUUUUUGCAACCCGGACCAAGUGCAUUUUGUUUUCCUGCCAAAAAGCGAGUUGUUUAUAACCAGUGUUGUCUUCCGAGAUGCUAUUAAAUGUUACUGUACCUUUCA